GUAAUUAUGGAUUUAUUGAGAUAAUUCAAAAACAUGGCGGCCACUAAACACGUUGUUUCUGGUUUGCAAGUUGUUUAAACAUUGUGUGGAUCUAGACGGCAGUCAGUUUGUGGUCGGAUGACGAUAUAAUAUUUUAAUAACGCAUUGAUCAUGGAGAAGGGUUCUGUUACAUGCAAACGAAAACGAAAACAGAAAUGGAGGCCUGUGGUCUUGGAUUCACUCGAGUUUUUUCAAGGAAAUAUGGCUGGAUUUGUUUCACUGGAGGUUUUGGAAGAUGAAGAUAUAGAUAAUGAAACUGUUGGGAAAGUUUUCAAAAUGAAUAAAAAUAAUAGUGAGAAUGUGUUGCAGGAAACUAAAGCAAAGAAAAAGAGAAAGAAAAAUACUAGAAAAAAAGCCAAAAUCACUGAUAAUGAAAAAGAAGAAAAAACCAUUGAAAUUUCUCAGUCAAAUGAUAAUCAAUCAGACACAGACUUUGAAAGUGAGUGGACUUCCCUUGGUAUUUCUGUGACAAUAGCAAAACAUCUACACGAAUUGGGCUUUGAUGAUCCAACAAUUAUUCAAAAAAAGUCAAUACCUCCAGCAAUAUUGAACAGAGUUGACAUUAUUGGAGCAGCUGAAACAGGUUCUGGAAAGACACUUGCCUAUGGACUGCCAGUUCUUCAAAAAAUAUUGGAUAUGAGAUUGAAUAAAUCUACUAAAUGUAAACUUACAUCUGAUUGUGAAGGAAUGCUUGCUCUUAUUUUAACACCCACAAGGGAACUGGCACUGCAAGUUUAUAAGAAUAUUCAAGAUGUUGCCAAAGAAAUAUCAGUGAAAGUUGCUUGUGUUGUUGGUGGAAUGUCUGAAGAAAAACAACAACGUGUUUUAAAGACUUUACCUGAGGUUGUAGUGGCAACUCCUGGACGUUUUUGGUAUCUUAUACAGCAGGGAGAAGAACAUUUAUCAAAUUUCAACUUAUUACAAUCUGUGGUUAUUGAUGAAGCAGACAGAAUGAUCCAAACUGGACAUUUCCAGGAAUUGUCAUUUGUAAUGGAAAAAAUCAACAAUAGCUCUGAAAAAAUGUUAUCAAAGCUGCAAAAAUUUGUUUUUCCGCGACAAUCACUUAUUCAUCCACGUCCAGAAGGAAAAAAGAAGAUUCUUUUCAAUGCGACAUACUUUACAGAAACAUUGUUGAAAAAAAUUGGUUUACGUGAAAAAUCAAAAGUUAUCGAUCUUUCUCGGAAGUCUUUGACAGUUGAACGUUUAACAGAAUCAAAGUUGAUGUGUUCCGUACAAGACAAGGACGUUUAUCUUUACUAUUUUCUGAAGAAACAUCCAAUGCGAACUCUGGUGUUCGUUAAUACCAUCGAUACUUUACGCCGCUUGCUUUCCUUACUCAAUUUGCUAAAACUUUCUCCCCUUGCAUUGCAUGCUGGUAUGCAGCAACGACAAAGAUUAAAGAAUCUUGACAGAUUCAAGUCGAAAGAAGAUGGUCUCCUUCUUGCGUCCGAUGUGGCCGCGAGAGGUCUGGACAUUAAAGGAGUACAACACGUGAUUCACUAUCAAGUCCCCAAGCUUGCAGAGGUUUACGUUCAUCGCAGUGGUAGAACAGCAAGAAUAAAUAACGAAGGUCUGAGCCUGCUGCUCAUCAGUCCUGAUGAUCUGCGGUCCUAUGAAAAAAUAUGGAAAAGCUUAGAUAAAGACUAUGAACCAACAGAGUUUCCUGUGGACAUGAAAUUCUUGAAUGAUAUAAGAAAACGAGUAUCGUUAGCGAGAAUUAUUGACAAGGAAGAACAUAGAUUUCGUAAAAGAAAAUGGAACAACGACUGGUUUUUGAAUAAUGCCAAGGAAGCUGAUCUUGAGAUUGAUGAGGAUUUAUUAGAAGAUCUUGGCGACUCCCAUGAACAACAGGUUUUGAAAAAGAAAUUGUCUGCGAACAAAGCAAGACUUAAUUCUCUACUGGCUGCACCAUUCGCCUGUUCAGGUUUUGCUGGAAAAUAUCCCACAAAAGAACGAAAACUACAGUCUUGUGGUUCACAAUAUAUAUCAAAUGUGGAGAGAAAAGAAGAGAUUUCUGGUCAUAAAGCUGUGAAAACAAAGAAUAAAAGUUUUUGAGAACAUUUGAUAUUGUUCUUUGAUCAUGAAAGUAAGAAUUCGCCUUUUUUCAUAGUUCAUUCAUGACAAACAAAGCAUUUCAAUAUCCACUAGUGUUUUCUGUGCUGAUUUUAUUCAAAUGACAAAACAGUUAUAUUAAAUUGUAUGUCUACGUUUUCCAUUCAAA